CGUUAUUAAACAUCACCCAUUCAACCAAAUUAAGCGGCUUUUCAUUUUUUUUCUUCUUCUAGCAAUGGCAGAGCAAGAGAGCCAAGUUUGGCCAUUGGCACCCUCCAGACUGCAUCGCAGAAGCGAUGAAGAAAACCCUACUUUCAAAGCCAUACGCAGAGAAAGAAGCAACAAGUGUUUCGUCUAUGUGUUUUCUGCGAUUGUCCUCCAAAGCAUAUUAAUCUUGGUCUUUGCUUUGGUUGUUCUUCGUGUCAAAUCACCUGGUUUUAAUCUCAGCUCUGUGGUAGUCAAAAAUCUCAAGCACACAACUUCGCCAACUUCUUCUCUCAAUGCAACUUUGGUCACCGAGUUGGCCAUAAAGAACAAGAACUUUGGGGAGUACAAGUUUGAGGGCAGCAGCGCGAGUUUGUGGUAUGGAGGAUUUAAAGUUGGCGAGGCCAAGAUUGGGAAGGGGAGGGUUAAAGCGAGAGGGACGAGGAGAGUGAGUUUGAGUAUUGAAGUUAGGUCAAAUAGGCUGCCUCAGGAGGCUAAGAAUGGUUUUGAGGGUGAGAUAAAUUCUGGGUAUUUGAAGAUCAGCAGCUAUGCCAAGCUGAGUGGGAAAGUGAAUUUGAUGAAGAUCAUGAAGAAGAGGAAGACCAUUGAUACGAACUGCACCAUGGUGGUUGUUUUGAAGAGCAGGACUGUCAAGGAUUUAUUUUGCAGAUGAUUUUAGUGGGUUUGCUCUGUUUUUUUUUGUUUUUUGUUCUGUUUUUUAAGAUUUCUAGUUAGUGAUAGAUAUGAUCUGUUGGUGUAUUUGUAUUUUGAGAUAAAACUAGCAAUGAAUUCAAUCAUUUGCUUGUAGAGAUUUUGAUUUCUAGGAAUUCAUUCGUUUGUUUUGUUUUGUUGUGUAUAUUGUUAGCUAAUAUACAUACGUGUUCUCUUUUUCUUCCCUAUAAA